GAAGAUCUGGCAGAGAAACGGAAACAAGUGCCUGUCAUGGACUGCUAAACUCUGGGAAGAAAAACCCAUAUAACAUCGUCAAAGAACAAACUGCCACCAUGACAAAUGUUUACUCUUUCGAUGGCAUCCUGGUGUUUGGGCUGCUGUUCAUCUGCACUUGUGCAUACCUCAAAAAGGUACCACGACUCAACAGCUGGCUGCUGUCGGAGAAGAAAGGAGUGUGGGGCGUUUUCUACAAAGCUGCAGUAAUUGGGACGAGGCUUCAUAUCGCUGUGGCGGUUUCCUGCCUGGUUAUGGGCUUCUACAUUAUCUUUUUGAAAUGACAUUCAGACUGGGUUGGAAGACUAGACGGAUGCAGGCUGGGGAAGGACUCAUCUUUGUGGUCAUCAUGUGAGUCCUCAUUGUGGGACACCUCUUGGAUUAUAUUUCAGAUGAAACUGGACAAAGCCUGGGGACCCUCAUGGAAGUGAAGCCUGUGCUGCCCCCACCUGAUGACUGUGUACAGAACGUCCUCCUGAGUAAUAAGUGUGCACUACAGACAUGGAGGGCACUGUCAAACUCCUCUACGGUUAUUACAGUGAAGACAAAAAGAUGGUACCCAUGAUAUAUUCCUGUUGAUGGGUGAUACUUUUGACUGUCUUCAUCUGUAUUUAUAUUUAUAUUGGAAAAUGCAGAAGACCGAAGUGCAGAGUGUACCCUAUACACUUCACCUGUAUGCAACUUAAAUGGCCCAGCUUUAAACCCUGCUCCAAAUAAUUAAAGGAACUCUUUUCAAUCAGAGUCUAGCAUCAAUAGCCUGCAUAAACAUACAGAAUAUUGAUCUCAUAAUUUAAGUUAUCAGAGGGGGUUGUUAUUCAGUUACACCUGCUUUAACAUUAAUGAAAUGAACAGGUGCACUAGAGGGACAACAGUGAGAUGAGACGACCUCCAAAACAGGAAUGGUUUUACAGGUGGAUGCAACUGACAUUUUUACCUCCUCAUCUGACUAUUUUUCAUGAGUUUUGCAUUUGGCUAGGGUCAUAAUGAGGUGAUACCUGGAUCCUACACAGGCAGUCCAGCUUCUCCAAGAUGGCACAUCAAUAUGUGCCAAUGCCAGAAUGUUUACCGUGUGUCCCGGCGCAGUCUCCAGAGCAUUCUGGGGAUUCAUAGAGGCUGGUAGUUACUCUAGGAGAGCUGGACAGGGCCAUAAAAGGUAUUUAACUGAUCAGCAGGACUAGUAUCUGAUCUUUUGUGAAAAGAAGAACAGGGUGAGCAUUGACAGAGCCCUACAGAGUUACCUCCAGCAGGCCACUGGUAUGAAUUUCUCUAACCAAACGAUAAGAAACAGACUUCAUGAGGGGUGCUUGACAGCCUGAUGUCCUCUAGGGGGCCCUGUGCUCACUGCCCGGUACCGAGGACCAUGAGUUGCAUUUGGGGCGGCAUAUUCGUGGAAAGGCACCCUGAUUGCCUAUAGGUAUCGGAAUGAAAUCCUUGGACCCAUUGUCAUUGACACUGCUCCAGUUUUCCAUGUUAUGUUUUUUCAUCUUUGAUCAUGUUUCAUCAUUAUUGGGGAUGGUGGAGAAUGGGAUGGGUGAGAUCGACUUUUUUACUGUAAAGCACUUUUUGCUGUAAUUUAUUGUAUAAAAAGUGCUAUAUAAAUAAAGUUUGAUUUGCUUUUCGGUGGGUCCUGGGUUCCUCCUGGUGUGUGACAAUCCCAGGCCUCAUAUUGCUAUAGUAUGAAGGCAGUUCCUGGAGGAUGAAGGAAUUGAUACAGUUAACAGGCCCCCUCACACUCCCCUGGCCUAAGUUAAAAAAAAAACACUUCUAGGAGAAGAUGUUUCAGUGUGUCUGACAUGGGCAGGUUGCACCUGAGACGGUCAAGGAGCUCAGUGAUACACUGGUCCAGAUCUUGUUGGAGAUACUCCAGGACAACAUCUAAUGUCUCAUUAGGAGCCUCUCCUGAUGUUGUCAGGCAUUCAUUCAAGCACAUGGGAGCCAUACAAAUGACUGAGAACCAUUUUGAGUUGCUGCAAUGAAAUUUCAGCAAAAUAGACUAGCCUGUUGCUAUUUUUUUUUUUUUUUUUUUAUACGUAAAAGCAUUGAGGUGUCCACAUUCAACCCCCUAUAGGUUUAGAAGUUUCAUAUUAAUCCAACACUAGCAUCCUUUCAUUCCUAACACAUCCAGUCCAUGUACAGAUCCAGCAUGAUUUUUUUUUCUCCCCACUGAAAUCUGAUGUGUUUUCAAAGUGUUCCCUAAUGCUUUUUUUUUUCUUUUUAGAGGAAUGUAUGAUUUAAAAAAAACAUUACUUGUAGAGAUUAGAGAGAGGUCAUAUGUGUUCAAACUUGAAAUCACCAUUUCCACCAGCUCUUGGGUAUCCUGUUGUUCUGUAUCAUUUUUCUUUUCUGUCAGCAGCCAAAAGGACAAUAAACAAAGCUAAUAUAUAAAGAUGUCCUUAGCUUUUUCUCUUUCCUUUUGUAUUUUUUCUUAAAAGUGCUGGUCGUGGCUCCUAAAUUAGCUUUCUUGGGUUUGAAAUACACAUGUUGCACAGGUGUAUGUGGUAUAUGUUGCCAUUGAAAUGUGUAAUGGUUAACAUGUUUUUAAUUUCAUAGUUGCAAAUCAUUCAGGUGUCAGCAUUUUCAAAAACUAAUAAGUAAUAACUUAAAAAUGAAGGUGAAUAAUUGUAUUUAACUUUUAUGAAGAUUUUAUUGAAAUGCUAAUUGGGUAUGGAGCGUCCCAUGCCAUUUUAGUCAUGUAGCGUCAUUGUGACUGUCCCUGGCACCUUGUUUUUUUUAAUUAAAAGUAUACAAUAUGAAUGAGGCACAAUGCAAUUUUGAGUAAAAUGUUGUAAAUUAA